AGAAUCGCAAAGCGAUUGUCAUCUUUCAGAUAGUUGUGUUGCCAACUUUAUAUCUGAGGUGGUAUAUAUUGUCGGUAAACACCUAAUAGCAAUAUGACAUUUUCUCGUUAAAAAUAUAGACGAUAAAAUGAGCGUCCUUAUAUUAAAAAAAUACAAAAACCCAUUGGGUUUUCCUAAAUAUCGUUAAUGGUGAAGACAUUAAACUAUUUGUGUGGAAAUGGCUCUGGAGAACACUCAGUGUUGCGUCAGUGGCUAUUUGUUAUUUUUUUUUGUUUAAAAACUAGUUAAAGGAUUCUUUACUACAACUAGUGUACUUCAUAGUGUUUCAUACAAUCUAUUGUGAUGCUAUUACUAGUAUGUGUAAGGGCCGGAUGGACCAAUUCUAUAUUUGGAACUGGAAGACACUUAACCCAGAAGUAGGUAUCUACCACCUACUCAAUGUUUUCAAUUAGCUAUACAUUUUAAAAAUGUUGGGUAGUCCAAGUGGUACAGGUUUGCCAAAUCAAAGGGGGUUAUGGCCACUAAGCGCUGUGCAGACUCCCACAAUUUCUACAUUUCCAAAUGAUGGUCUCAAUAAAUAUGGAGUUUAUUCAUUAUUUUCUGGCGGCCCAAGUUUUGGUAGUACGCUGUACUCCCAUUCGAGUACCAGCAGCACAACAGGACGUUUUGCUACUGGACAAUAUCCUCAACCCACCGAUAAUAUUUUCCAAACAUCUUACAAAGUUUCAGAUUCGCUUUUUUCGACAACAAGUUACACAUUCGGUGCACCCACUCCACCCCCAGGUUCCCCGUAUUCCCCGAUUCCCAUUGGACAAUUCGAACUUCUAGCUAAAGGCAUCAAUUCCAAUUUACUCCAGCCGGUGGACGCGUCUCUUGCUCUACAACAGAGCCCAAAAAAGAUUCACGAAAAACAUUGUGAGAAAUGCUGUAACUAUAAAUCACAGUUCUGCAGCUGUCAGAUAUCGACUAUAGAUCAUUCGAAACUUAUGGAUCCUCUGAACUGUUGUACAAGGACAAAUACACUCAAAUGGAACGAAAUAAACAUGAAGAAAGAACCAACCGGACAUAUAUCUGAAAUAAGUACAAAUAGCGCUUCUAUGAUUAAAUUGGAGGUUAUGUCGCCUACACAACAAACUCCCGAUAUACUUGGCAAUAAUAUAAUUGGAUUAGCGGAUCCUUCUAGUGCAACUAUGACUGUCAAUUCGGCUACAUUGACGAAUAAUCUGACAGAUAAUACGGUGAUACAUUGCACAGAUAAUAAAACGACGGAAAUAGAAACGAAGCAUGUGGAUGCUGCUUCAUAUAUUCCACCGUCAGUUUGGCAGUAUUCUCCUCCAGUGGCUCCUGUUCCUGUUGAACCAUUGGUACCAGUUCCCCCAGUAGGUUUGCAAGUAGUUCGGGAUCCCAAUACAGGUGGAUUGCUUCUUCUAUCUACCAAUAGUUUAGAUUCUUUGCAACAAGCUGUCGUUUGGUCUGGUUAUCCUCAGCAUUCCCCAAUGCUAUUGCCAUCCAUACCUCCUGUUCCAUCACCGUCUUUUCAGCUAGUACAAUCGACACCUUCCCAUUGUUUUUCCGGGACGUUCCACCAACAAACUCAAGCUCAUAGUACAAGAUUAGUGGCUUUGACCACCGAUAAUAAACGGAAAAUACCUACCACGACAUUAAUUAAAAUUGAAACUGACCAAGCUAAAACAUUGCAACCGGUAAGCUCUACUGCAACUAGUACGGCAACCGUCAUCACCGACGUGACACCUUUAAUUACCACUCAUGUUAUAUAUCAACAUCCCACGAAUUUUAUUGUAUCACAAAGCCCUGCGACCGAACCAGUUGUUACUCAAACUAUUUGUAAAUCUCAAGCAACUUCUCCAGUGACAUACUUAACACCACCACCUGAGUUUCAUUCUAAGGAAACUAAGGUUUCUGCUGUGCAAGAUGCCAGUAAUCAGACCGAUGCCGUGGUAUGUACAGAAGAGAUAGUUACCCCCGAAGUACCAGAAAAACCACCAACGCCAGCAGAAGUACCAGAUAUUACCAUAAAACCUAUGGUUGAUGAUUGUGGAUCACAUCUACAAGAAGUGAUUGUAGAACCUGAGUCACCAAAAGAACCUGCUAAAUUAGUGCUCAGUGGUUUGGAAUUGUUAUCGAAUAGUAUAGAUCAAUUUGAAUCGUCAUUACAAAAAUCCGAAAUUAUUCCAACAGAUAGAGAACCUCCAAAAAAUUCCGUUCCCCUAGACGGUCUGAAUUUAUUAUGUGCUUUAGCCGAGCAAAGGAUAAUGGAAGAAAACGAAAAACCGGUAGUGGAAUGUGAGAAUUUGAAGAAAAGGAAAAAAGAUAAGAGAAAAUCCAAAAGACAUUCCACCGACGAACCGAAACGGAAGAAAUUGAAAAGCGGCAAACAUUAUCACGAGAAAAAGAAGCACAAGAAAUUGAAAAAUUAUCAGGAAGAAAGGGAAUGUUCCUGUGAAAAAUAUCAAACGUCGACAACCGAAGAAACAAAUAUUUUUGUUGUCAAAAAUUUGUUUGAUAAGAAUCUAAUAAGAAACGAUCAAGAUAACGAAAAUGAAUCAAGUUUAAUGGAAACGAAAAAAUUUAAACAUCUGAAAAAACAUUUUCGAUCAAAAUCGGUAGAUUUUGAUAGAAGUACGAUAUCGUCACCUAUUUUCGAUCAACCCCUUCUAAAAUUUAUAAAACCUUCCGAUUUAAUGGAAACUCCAAAGUUGGAUUUCAAACACCAAAUAAACCAAACUGACUUUGAUGGUUCUUCUGAGAAACAUUCGUCUUCUAAAAAGCGCAAAGUGGGAAGACCUAGAAAAUUAAUGCCCUUUUCUACUGAACAAGUUACUACUGAAACGAUUGUAGCCAAGAAACCGAAGAGUAAUUUUAUUGGAUGCCUACUGGCAGCCAAAGAAAAAUUUAGACUACAGAAUAAGACUUACAACGAUGGAAUUGAUCCCAGGUUUCGUAGUUUUGAAGAAGACGGAAACAAAGUGAGAUAUAAAAAGUCGAAACAUCGAAAUUCAGCUCCGGGCGAAUUGAGAACAUCCAAAAUAAAACCGAAGCUCAAAGCCGAACCGACAUUAAAACCUGCCGAAGAAUGCGAUUCAGCAGAUGAAAAUGAAGAAGAUAUUGUUAUCAAUACUGUCGAAGAAGAAGAAGAAGAAGAUGCCGAAGAUAAGGCUUUUUCAAUAACUGAUCGUGAUAGUGAAGACAUUAUGGAUAGAAGAAGAAUCGACGACAAUAGAUGUAUUUUGACAGCCGCUUUGUUAGAAGUGGAUAAAUUAAGAGUACUAACUGCUAUGGGGGGUCUAUUUUAUGCCGGACAUUUAAACGCAAUAGAACCCCCGGACGUUUAUUCAAUUGUUUUAGAUGGGGAAAGGGGAAAUAAACCCCAUAUAAUGUCUCGAGAAGAAAUAUUGAGAGACGCGAUAGUGGAAGUAGCGCCACAAAACACUAAUGAACUUUUAGUUGGAACGAGGGUGUGCGCAUAUUGGAGCCAACAGUAUCGUUGUUUGUAUCCAGGGAGUAUCGCCGAACCGUCCUCACCAGAUCCAGAACUGGAUGGUAAAUUUGUCUUAGUAGAAUUCGAUGAUGGUGACAGCGGUCGAAUAGAUUUGAAAGAUAUAAGGUUGUUACCUUCAGAUUAUCCAGUGAUCGAAUAUGAUCUAAAUCCUCUACUCAGUCUUACCAAAAGGAAGAAGAAGGUAUCGAAGAAUAUCAUAUCCAAAUAUAGUGUACAAGAAGAAACGAACACUAUAAUCGAAUCUAAACCCGAGUUGAAAAUUCCUUUCGACGAUAACGACAUUACAGAUAAAUUGAAAACGCUCAUAGUGGAAAAGCACAUGAAAAAGAAACUUCUCAAAAAGAAAAAACGAGAAAAGUUGCAUACUAAUUUAUCACCGGACAAAAAGAAGAGGAGGAAGAAACAUAAAUGUUACGAUAAAAAAUGUAAGGAUCGAAAACAUCACAAGAAGCAUAGGAAACAUAAAAAACACCAUGAUAAAUCUCGAUUAAACGUAGGUGUAAACAGUUUAGAAAAUGAUGUUAUCGAAUCGAAUAUCGUUGUAGAAGAAUGUGAUGAAAAUAUAGAAGAUUACAAAGAUGAUGAUAUUACUAUAGAUAUUGAACAGCAACCAGUUCCUAAUGAUUCCGAUGUAUCUACAAAAAAGAAGGCAACUAAACUGAGGGAUCGACAGGAAUCUUGCGAAAGUAGAAGCAAAAUGAGCGCCUUUUUACCGGCAAGGCAACUAUGGGGAUGGGCGGGAAAAGAGUACAAACGUCAAAGGACGAAAGGAAGAUUCAGAAAAUUCUUUUAUAAAUCCAUUCGACGUGGAAAGGAAACGAUAACGGUUGGUGAUUCUGCUGUAUUUUUAUCCACCGGUCGACCAGACAGACCGUAUAUUGGUAAAAUUGAAGCUAUGUGGGAACUUUUCGGUACAAUGAUUGUAAAAGUUAAAUGGUUCUAUCACCCUGAAGAAACUAUCGGUUGUCCACAAAAUCUUCAGUAUCCAGGAGCUCUAUUCGAAUCGCCACAUAUAGACGAAAACGACGUUCAGACAAUCUCUCACAAAUGCGAAGUAGUACCUUUAAAAGAAUAUACGGAUCGUAUUGGAGACGAUCCGAAAAGUUACGCUACCAUCUACGAUAAUAACGACAUCUAUUAUCUAGCCGGUUACUACGAUCCGACUACGCAUUCGAUGAAAAUCGAACCGGGUAUUCCGUUUUCAAAAACUUAAUCCAUAUACAUUUUUUUUGAUAUUUUUAAAAACUACGUUCAAGAUGUCGCUGGCGACGAACGUCAUAUUACUUUUAAUUAUUUUAUAAAGAAACGUUAAGUUGGAAAAUAGAGUUCAACGUCUGCUAGUGCAUAUAGACCGAGGAGUGGUUUUUUUCCUUUUAAAUAACUCGGAUGAUUUGUAUACGAUCAAAAGUAUUAUUAGUAUUUUGUUAUAUUUAAUAUACCGCGCGAAAUUGCUUUAUUAAUCAACGCGCGAUAUGUUUUAUUUAAACUUUGAUUGGAAAAGUAGAAAUGUUGUUUUCCGAAUCGAGGUUAUAUAUAUUUUUAUUGUACAUAAUAUUUUAUAUAACGCCAUAAAAAAAUGAUAUACAAUCGAAAAGUGAGUUUUAUACAAAUUUUUCAAAUCUAUGCGAACCAAAACGAAAUUUCAAGGCAGGUGAAAUUAUUUAAAGCUCGAAUUUCUUCAAAUGAUUAUUAUUUUUGUCGAAAAUUUUCCUAAACCGUUCUUCGAAUCAAUUCCUUCAUGAUAAUCUACAGUUUAGUUUUAAAUUGUAAAUUCUCAAAAUACUGCUUUUUCUUGAUUCCUUUCAAGUUUAUAAAUGUAUUUUUUCAUACAUACUGAAGAAGUGAAAUUUUAACUAAUGUUUAUAAAAAACAAGUUUUCCGGCUUUAAUUGCAUAAUUAAAAAAUUAGUAUUUUUUGACAAAACUUGUAUAAAAAUGGAAAAAAACUGACUUCUAGAGAAACGAGUUGCAUUAAUAGAAAAAAUAUAAGAAUCAGCUCAACAUACUAUAUGAAUGGGAAUAAUUAGACAUCAAGAAAGAUAUGGAUGGGACAAAUGAAGGAACUGGUGACAAAGAAGAAAAAAACGUUUUUGUUUCAUGUCCUAUAAUUAAAAUUAACGUAAAUUGAAUCGUCAUCUUUCUAACAGAAAAUAUUAGAACAAAACUGGUUGAAUUGUCCCUAUCUAAUCGUUUAAUAAUAGAAGAAGAUAGUGUAAGAAAUGGGUACAAAGAGGAACGAAAACAAACAUCCGACAUUUGAAAAGAUAAGGAAUAAAGAAGAAUUUACAGAAUAACACAAAUAUUGAUGCAAGAUUUUAUGCAAAAGUGAAAUUAUAAACCCUACUAUGAUGUUAUCAGCUCCCGGUGCUUCCCAUAUUGCAGUUUUCAUUCUGAUACUUUUUGAUACCUCACAAAAUUAUUUUCCAAUGUUUUUUGGAAAAACUUUUGAAGAACAACAGGGACUGAAAGUCUCUUUGACUCUUGAUGGUAUAAAAAUGCAAAAGAAUAAGAAAGUCGCCAUUGAAACAGGGACUUUUGUGUGAAAAUUUGCGAAGAAAAUUGAAGAAGAUAGUAGAUAACCAAAGAAAGUGAAAAAAAAAAUAAAUAACGAAAACAACAUCUGACAACCAAAAAGAAAAAGCAAAGAAGAAGAAUUUGCAGUUUCCAUUUCGAUACUUUUUGAUACCAUCUUCCGUUUCUUAAUCAGCUGUGGACUAAGGCAUUUAAAUGAAAUGAAAGCUGAACCUCCUUCUUCCUGAUAGUUUGUGACCAAUUGAGAAAAUUCGUCUCCGUUGUUUUGUGGAAAAACUUUUUGAAAACAGAAGAAGUGGCCAAAAACCUCAUCUGUAAUUCAAUGUAUUAAAAAUAUGGAAGAAAAAGAAAACAAGAAAACCGCUAUUAAAAUAGGGACUUUCAUUGUUUCUUUUUUUAAUAUUGAUACAGGGUGUUGUACAAACGUGAAAUCGUAGACUACUAUGAUGUUAUCAGCUUCUGGUGUUUUCUUCAACGUUUGAACAAUAUUGAUACCAUCGUCCACUUUUGAAAUCAGGUGUGGACUAAUGGUUUUUGUUUCCUUGACAAUGUUUUGAGGAAAACUUCAAAUGAAUCGAGGAAAAUUACCAAAUUUGAAAGAAAAGAGUACAAGAAGAACCAAAACCCUCAUCAGACACUUGAAAAGAUAAAAAUAAGAAGGAAGUGGAAGAAGUUCUAGUACGUCUGACGGUGAGAUAUAGGCAAUUAAAAUACACUUUUAUAGUUUUCAUAAAUACUUAUACAAGGUAUAGCACGUAAGCUCAAUCAUAGACUCCGCUAUGAUGUUAUCAUCUUCUGGUGCUUUUUCCAACACAGUUUUCUUUCCGAUAACUGGGGAUUGCAAUUGUUGCAAUACCCUGCUUCCAAAGUGUUUUUAAACCUUUUAGGGGGAUUCGAAGAAGAUGUCAAAAUAUAGAGAAAGGAAUGGAUUUAAGAAGGGCCAUAGCCCUCAUCUGACCCUUGAAAAGAUAAAAAACGGAAGGAAGUGGAAGAAGUCUACAAUUGAUUAUUGGAGAUUUAAUUCAUACCAGAGGGGGAAAUAUUUGCAAUUAAAAUGACCUUUUAUAGUUUUUUAUAAAUAUUUAUACAAGGUAUAGCGCGUAAGCUCAUUCAUAGACCCCACUGUGAAGAUAUCAUCCCCUAAUUCUUUUUCCAACACAGCUUUCACUCUGACAAGUUGGGAAAUUGGUGAAAUUAGUUGCUUCAAACAUUUUGAGCAAAAAUUUAUAUAAAUUGAACAAUAUGUCAAAAGAUAGUGAUAGGGAUCGAAACGAAAAAACCAAAAUUUCAUCUGAUAUUUAAAAAAAAAUAAAACAGUCUGCAAUUGGACUUGUGACUACAAGAGAUAAUUUGGACUGGGAGUACUACCAUUGGUCGAUUAUAAUGAGUCGAGUUUUUGUCAAUUUGACAAUGACCAUGUGCUCAUUAAUGGCCAGUUAGCAACCCUGAUAUUAAUUAAUUUGAGCCUCAUUGGGAUUUAAUUGAUAGUUGUUUACAAUUCACAUGACUUUUUGAAAUAUAACCAUUGUUUUAAUCAGAAAUGAUACCAGAGGAGAAAAUAAUGUUAACUUGUUUCUUUUUAGUUUUACUACAAUAAUAGUUGAAUUUAUGCGUGAAUUUUGGUGGGGCAGUGUAAUUUGCAUAGAUUUGAACAAUACUUUAUACUCUUAAUGAGUCCUCAUACAAAUUACAAGUUUUGGUUGAAAUAAAAAAAAUUAUGGCAAAUAGGGUUUUAGUUGAUAAAAUGUUUACGCUUUUAAAGAUUUUUAUUCUUAUACUUAAGUACUACAGUAUUUUAUUUAGUUUUUUCAACUUUUCGAAAGCUUUUAUUUUUUAUCUCGAGCGAUUUUCUAGUCUAUGAAAAUCUUUUUUUUUUCUUACGAUUAUCUUCUAUCUGAAGAAAUAUUUUUAAGACCCAUUUAAUGUGGAUCAUGAUAUUAAGUUUUGUUUAGUUUUAUUCCAAUUUUCAUUCACAGUACAAUUGUUGAAUACAAACGAAUUUUCCGGUUGAUAUUUUAUGAAAAUAUUUUUUUGAAGUACUUAAUUUGAAAAAUAAUCGUUGUACAUUAUUUUUAUCAUUCUUCGUUAUCUUGAAUUCUUUAAACACAUUCUUCUGUUGUUAUCAAAUGUUUUCCUUUUGUUAGAAAAGUUCUUUCUUCGUAAAACUUGAAAUCGUAAAUAUUGAAUUUUCAAAUGGUUUUCCAAUAUAACGGCUCCAAAAACUGUAUUAUAAAAUCAAAUUUUCACUUUUUUGUCGAGUUUUAUAGAAUUUUUUAUAGAACUCCUACGACAAUUGAACUAUUUCCACAAUGGAAGCAAAUGAUAGAUCUUUACUCUAAAAGAAUAUUAUUUAACUAUGGAAUAAAAGCGUUUCCAAUGUAUUAGAAUUUCUGGAUCUGUUAGUGCUAUUGAUACUGAUCACUACACAAAAAACUACACUGUCUGGUCCUUCGAGCCGUAUAUGAACAUAAGAAAGUCAAUUUUUUUGGAAUUAGAAUGCGAAAAAGUACAGAUAUCGAAGAAAAUAUUGGAUUAUUACUCUUAUAGAGUAUUAUUUUUACCCAGAAGCGAGUGAAUACGUCAUUGACAAAAAGGAAUUCAGUAUAUUAGAAUUUCUGAAUCUGUUAUAACUAUUCACACAGAUCACUAUUCACUACACUGUUUGGUCCUUCGAGUCGUAUAUGAACCUAUAGAAGUCUCAAGAGCUUCAUAUACAUUUAGAUUGUAUGAAAAACUGGAGUUAUAAUAUAUGGACCUUAUUUUUAGUAUAAAGUUAGUCUGUUUUUUUGGAAUUAAGUUCCGAAAAAGUAUGAAAAUGAAAGAAAAUGAUGGAUAAUUACUUUUAUAGACUACUAUUUUUACUCAGAAACGAGUAAAUAAGUCAUACAUAGUUUCCCAUAUAUUACAAUUUCUGCAUCUGUGCUAUUCACACUGAAUACUGAGUGUUUGGUUCUUCGAGCCGUAUAGAAACCCAUAAGUCUCGUGAGCUCUACGAAAAACUGCAGUUGAUAUGAUUUUCCUUUUUUGUAAUUUUGUGUAUAUAAAUCAUUACUCUUAUAUAAUAUCAAUUCAUUUUGAGUUGACUGAAUAAAUCACUAUAAAAAAGUUUCCAAUAAGUUGGGAUUUUUGGAUCUGUUAGUGCUAUUUACACUGAACACUACACUUAUACACUGACUGGUCCUUCGAGCUGUGUAAAAUCCUAUGAAAGUCUCGUGAGCUGUACACACAUUUAAAUUGUAUGGAAAACUGCAGUUGGAAGAUAUGAACAGAUUUUGCAGAAUUAACUUUCUAUUUUGUAUUCCGGAAACUUAUAUUUUGGAACUUAAACUGCAAACUAUAAUAAAAACGAUGGUUCUUUACUCUUAUAGAGUAUAAAGCAAUAACUAACUCUCGAUUUGUUGCUGGUAUUCCUACCAAAUACUAUACUAAAACUGACAAUUACACAAUUACUGGUCUUUCGUGUAGUAACAGCGUAUUCAGAAUGAAAUAAUGUUUGAAUGAUACUGUUUCUUCUCGGUUUCUUAUUGUUUGUAGUUGUACUUAUUACAAAUAUUUUAUAAGAAUAUAUAUUUCUUGGAAAAGUACAAAUGUAAAAAUAAAAACUUAUUUAAAUCUAAACAAAACUUAAAAAGAAUCGAACGUAAUAGAUAAUGGCAAUAACAAACUACAAUAAAAUAUAUCUGAAGAAUAUCAGAAUCUUUAUACGUUUGAUUUUGUUUAUCUCGUUAUUAUAUCGAUUUUUUUUUAAUCAAUAUAAUAAAUAAUUUAAUUAAACUUAUAUACAUACAAUAUAUUUAUUCUAUAAAAUAUAUUUAUAUAAAAAUUAUAAUCAAACAAAAAUUGGAAUCUAUAUUUUAGUACACAGGUUGUCCCAAGUUAUCUUAUACAGGCAAUAUGUCACUCAUUUGACAAGAUAAUUAAAAAUUGCUUUGGGUGGCGUUGAAUCACUGGUAUUCUGUUUCUCAAAAAUUAAUAGGUCAAUUAAUUAUCUGUGGUAUUCAUUAUCUACAGUUUUCACUCUCAAUGAUCAGCUCAUGAAUCGAUUCAAUUUAACGCCUGGUUGAAAUAACAGUUCCACUUAACGUUAUACUGAAAUAUCGCUCCACUUAACGCUCUGUUGAAAUAACAGCUCCACUUAACAUUCUACUGAGAUAUCGCUCUACUUAACGCCUGGUUGAAAUAACAGCUCCGCUUAACGUUCCACUGAAUAUCGUUCCACUUAACGCCCGGUAGAAAUAACAGCUCCGCUUAACUUUCCACUGAAAUAUUGCUCCACUUAACUCCCGGAUGUAAUGAGUUUUUUCUGCAUUUAUUCCAUGGGAAAAAUGCAUUUCUGGAAGAUUCAUCUCGAAAUGGCUUACUUUUGGACCAUCUUGAGGUUCUCAUUGUCACUAAUGGUGUUAAUUGUUUUAUGUUGUCAAAUUUUUUAUUAUUGGUAAUUGCAGAGAUUCCAUGGUGGUAAAUCUGGUGAGUAAGGAGGACGUCGUUAAAUAAGAAGAUUUAAAGCUUUUGAAUAAAAAGCGAUUUGUGGUGUGGAUCAUUUCAUUUUUCUUGUUUAAACGUUCAUAUUUGUUUAAUUUUCGCAUAUUUUAAUUUGGUUUGAAUAUCAAAAGAUAUCUUAAACGUUCUUCGUCCAUAACUCACUCAUUUCCACUUUGGAAUCUGUUUCACUUCUUUUAAAUCGUAUUUGAAGUAACUUUAACAGAUUUUAUAAUUUUUCCAGUAUCUGACGCCUCGUAUUUAUAACAUUCCGAAUAAAAUGUCAUGUCAUAAAAUGUAUUUUAAUGUCAUGUAAAGUAUUUUCUAAUUAUCUAAUUGAAUGAGCCUAUAUACUAUAAGUUGGGACAUCCGAUAUUUACGUUAUUAUUUUAUUUUUGUACAUGUAAAUUUUUAUUUUUUAAAAGUUUAUUCUUGUAGAAUGGUGCUAACUUGAAAAUUAUGCAGUGAUAUUAAAACACAAUGUAAAUAUUAUUACGCUUAAAAUAUUGUAAAUAUUGCUCUUUAUAAAUAAAUCACGA